AUGAUAAGCACCUAUUUAAAAGACGGUGAGGCCGCACGUUGUUGGAGUAGUGUUUCGAAGAUCAUCGAAGAAAGUGCUUGAGUGGAAUAUUGUGACCUGUGGAACUCUGUGCAUCAUGAAGUGGUUCCUACUAUUAUGCCUUUUAAUGGCAUAUUUUGCCGAUUCUCAUCAGUAUCUUCCAAAAAUGACAAAAUCACAAGAACAGUUUCAGAAGGAUUUGGCUGAUCUUUUGAUGCGUGAAGUCGAGAAUCAUCGUAAGACUGGAAUUGAAACCCCUAUCUUGAAGACCCUUGUGAAAGUGUUCGAAGUUCCCAAUGAACUGGUGAAGUUUGAGGGACCAGAAGUGCCCAUUCCUCGUGAUGAGACCAUGUGCAUCCUCUGCAAUGCUGUCUUUGGAGAAUUUGUAAAUCGUCGCCGAGUUCAGGGACAGUCUCGUGAUGAGAUUGCUGCUUUUGCCAAGGAAUUCUGUAAUGCUCUCGGAAUCUUCCCAUCCCGUGUGUGCGAUGGCGUUAUUGAAAUAAAUGCAGACAUCAUUGUUCACAUUAUGGAUAACAGGCUAGAUUUCGAUGAAAGCCAUUUCUGUGCCUUCGUUUUCCAGAGCAUGAAUUGCGAAGCCGAUAUGUCAGGAUUUGAGUGGUCAAUUAAUGUAAACCCCAACCAACCUCCUCUGACCGGAGAUAAGGAUACAUCUGUGCCCAGAGGACCCAAUGAUCUCAAGAUUGUUCAGAUUUCUGAUCCCCAUUACGAUCCCAACUAUGAGGCUGGAACCAGUGCAGUCUGCGGUGAACCAGUUUGUUGCAGAUCUGAUCAACCUCUGGCUCCAGAUGCUCCUCCAGAAAACGCAGCCGGCUAUUGGGGUGAUUACCGAGACUGUGACAGUCCUUUCAGAGCAGUUCAAGAUGCCUUCCGACAUAUCAGAUCCCAACAUGAUAAUAUCGAUUACGUGUACUUCACUGGAGAUAUCGUUGAUCAUGGUGUCUGGGGAACGUCUUUCGACUGGAAUAGAAUUAGCAUUGGUAGAGUGCAUACAGCACUCCGUGAAAACUUUGGUGGAAUUCCUACUUAUCCAGCUAUUGGAAAUCAUGAGGCUCAUCCAACUAAUGUCUUCGCACCCAGUCACAUGGAUGUCCCUGCUUUGUCUACUCAAUGGCUCUAUGAUUUCCUUGCCAAUGAGUGGUCCUAUUGGCUUCCUGCUUCAGCCCUGGAAACAGUUCGUCGAGGAGGAUACUACACCGUUCUCGUACGACCAGGACUUCGUGUCAUUGCGCUGAACAACAACGAUUGUUACACUUUCAAUUUCUGGCUCAUGUACGAUCCUCUGUAUCCACAAGGUCAGAUGCAGUGGUUCCACGAUACUCUCCUGGCUGCCGAAGCAGCUAAUGAGAAAGUUCAUAUUAUUGGUCAUAUUCCAUCAGGCGGUGGAAGUUGCCACCGUGUAUAUUCACGCGAAUAUGCCAGAAUUGUUGAACGAUUCUGGAAUACAAUCAGUGGGCAAUUUAUGGGACACACCCACGCUGAUCAAUUCACUGUCUUCUAUGCUCAGUCCAAUCCUUCCCAAGCAGUCAAUGUGCAAUGGAAUGCUGGCAGUACUACGGCAUUUAGUGAUGUCAAUCCCAACUACAAGCUUUACAUGGCUGAUCCUCAGACCUUCCAAAUCAAUGGACAGGAGACAUGGAUCUACAAUUUAACCCAGGCCAAUCUUACCCCCCAACUCUAUCCUAAUUGGUUCAUGGAGUAUGAUUUUGCCCAGGAAUAUGGUAUUCAGAAUUUGAGUCCAUCUGCUUUGAAUGCUUUGGCUGAGUCUUUCGCCAGGAACCCUCAGCAACUUCGCAGGUACUGGGAGCUUACAUCUUCCAUGGCUGAUACAUCUUUGGCCAGAGGAUGCGAUAACAACUGCCUUGCCAAUCAACUCUGCCAGGUUGCUCAGAAUAUCCAUAACAAUAGUCCUCGUUGCGUUGAACUUCAGAAUAUUUUCUGGCAGACCGUAGGUGGUCAGUAAUAUGGGAGAUUCUGUUAAAUGUAACAUCUGUUCUGAGAUCCAUUAAUAAAAACAAACGACAAAGUAAA